CUCUGCCUCUCUCCUGUUCUCUUCCCUCUUCUUUCUUCCUUCUUCUCGGGAUCGGCAUCGCCUCUUCCGCUUCUUCUACCUCUCUUGCCCCCAGAAGAAGAACCGCUGCAAAAUCGCUGCUUUUUUUUUUUUUUUGUUGGCUGUUUCCCCCUUCUAUAUAUCGAUCGCCAUUCCCUCUCCUCUACUGUCCACCACGCGACCUGGCCCUCAAAGUUUGGGUCUUGAUGGAGGUCGGAGGGUUGUGGAGUUGAAAGUUUGGUUUUGCUGCAAAAUCGUUACUUUUUGGCUGUUUUCCACUUCUAUAUAUCGAUCGCCAUUCCCUCUCCUCUGCUCUCCACCACGCGACUGCGCCCUCAAAGUUUGGAUCUUGAUGGAGGUCGGAGGGUUGUAGAGUUGAAAGUUUGAUUUUGCGGAUUGGCGCAUGCACGAAUGGUGGAUUUCCGGCACAAGGAGUCGGAUCGGGAGUUCCGGCACCGGCUCGAGGAGUUGCUUCCGCGCCCCCGCCGCGGGGACGCGUGCGCCGACGAGGAGGCGGACGAGGCUGGCCCCGGCGGGGGCGAGGGCGAGAGCGUCGACCAGAUCGCCCGACGCCGCCGGAGAUCGGACCUCGAAGGCGACGACCUCGCCGAGACCUCGGCCGCCGCCAGGCGGCAUGAUCGGAUCUUGAGCCGCUGGGCGGCGCGGCAGGCGGAAGAGAUAAUUAUCAAUAACAUUGAGCGGAGGAAUCGGGAGUCGGAGCUCAUGGCGCUCGCGCGCCUCCACGCCGUGUCGAUGCUGGACGCCUCCUUCCUCCGCGAGACGCGACGGGCGCAGUCCUCCGUCGAACGCCCCGUGUCCGCCAGGGCGCCACCCUCAGUUUUACAGAGGUGGCGCGAACUCGAGGGCGAGUCGGUAGCUAGGGAGCGGAGGAGACCCACUCCGUCUCCGACUGACGUAAACAUCAAUGAGCGUGAUGAGCCAGAGAGCCAUGGAUCUCUGGUGCUAAGAAAUUUAUCGGUUGUUGCUAGCGUUAGCAACGAUAUUGAGGAUCAGGGUUUGAGCAGAGAGCAUUCCCUUGGCAUUAGAGAUGGCGGGGUUAGAGAGAGGGAGAGGGUAAGGCAGAUUGUUAGUGGUUGGAUGACGGACAUUGCCAUGGAAGACACUGCUUCACAAAUUUUUCCAGGAAGUGGUAGUUCAAGUAGUCCAAGGAGUGAGUGGGUUGGUGAGAGAGAGCGUGAGAGGGUAAGAUUGGUGAGGGAGUGGAUGCAAACUGUGAGCCAGCAGAGGGAUGUUCGUGCUAGCAGGAGGGAGGAGCAGGAGAGGGGUGAAUCAGUCUCAAGUCGUGAAGGUCCUGAACCCACCCGGAGGAACUUGCUGAAUAUCAGGGGAAGACUGGCUCGCCAUGAUUUGGUCAUGAGAAAUGUCCGGGAGAGAGAAAGGGAGCUUCAGGAAUUGUCUGAGCGGCGGCCCGUUUCACAUUUCUCUCAUCACAGUCGGAUACAGUCUGUUCUUCGAGGUAGAUUCUUACGCAUUGGUGGUUCCAUUGAGAAUCGUCAACGACAUUCAGUUGUAGCUGGAGAAAUAAGUCACCUUAGACAACAUCAUCCUGUAUCUGGCUUUAGUUCUAGGGAAGGAUUUCGCCUUCAGAAUGAUCUUACUACAACACCUCAAGCAAGAAGCCAAUAUGUUGAUGACAGCAGAAAUGAAUCCUCUCCUUCAACAGAAUCUGGGCUAUUGGAUGAGAUACCUGAUCAAUUCCAAUCUCAAAGUAUCCAUCAAACAACAGAGGUGAAUUUAGAAGUUCGCACAGAGAGUAGGACACACAGCAGUGAUAUGAGUUGGAUAGAUUCUGGAGUUCAGGAAGAUGAACGGCUAGAGGCUGAUACAGAAAAUGAGCAAACUGGCCGGCAACAGACUCUUGAAGUUGGGCACAGUGUACAGCAAGAUGACCCUGCAGAAGAACCUGACAGGGACUGGCAGGAACAUGCAGACCAGGAGUGGCCUCAUGAAACUCAUGAAGAUGAUGGUCAAGAUGACCAUAUUCUGGAGGCACAUGAGAAUUGGCAUGAUGAUAAUUCCCAAUUAACUGAAACAAACUGGCAAGAUAGACCUUUGCACUCUUUUAGCAGUCAACAUUCAUUUCCUGAUGUAACAAAUAGAUUUAUAUCUGGGGAUGAUGAUAGCGUGUACAAUGUGGAACUUCAGGAACUCUUAAGCAGGAGGAGCGUGUCUAAUCUUCUACACAGUAGGUUCCGUGAAAGUUUAGACCAAUUGGUACAGUCAUAUAUUGAUAGACAGGGACAGGGGCAGGGGCAGGGGCAUGAACCAUUUCAGCGGGGCAUGCAAGGAAUGCCUAACCGUGAGUUGCCAGAAGACGAUCAGCAACGCCAAACAGAUGAUGUGGUUCAAGGCCAACAAGCUUCUGCUAGACCACCACAUGGUGCACAACCGCCACGGCCACCUCCUCCACCCCCAUUGCCAUUAUGGCACCGCAGUUGGAAUCGUCCGAGCAUUCGCCGGUCUGAAAUUGAAUGGGAUAUCAUUAAUGAUCUGAGGACUGACAUGGCUAAGCUUCAGCAAGUGAUGAGCCAGAUGCACAGUAUGUUAGAGGCAUGCAUGGAUAUGCAAUUAGAGUUGCAGCGUACAGUUAGACAAGAGGUUUCAGCAGCACUUAACCAUUCUGUAGGAUCACAUGGAGACAGCCAGCACUUACUAAUUGAUGGCACAAACUGGAAUCAUGUCAAAAAAGGGAUUUGUUGCGUCUGCUGUGAUAAUCAAAUUGACUCUCUUCUUUACAGAUGUGGACACAUGUGCACCUGUUCACGAUGUGCGCAUGAGUUGGCUCGAGAUGACGGCAAGUGCCCGUUGUGCCGCGCGCCCAUUGUCGAGGUGAUUCGAGCCUACUCGAUAGUGUAGGUAUGAUUAACAAGAUAGAAAAUGAAGAUGGGGGGAGCCAUUAGUAGUUUUACUGACCGGGAGAUUCUUGGAUGCAUCGAAGAUGUAUCGAUCGAUCGAUGGUGGUUGUUCUACCAGGUUUAGCGAAAUGUUAACAUACUUAGAAAUGUGGGGACUGUUGAGUGUACUUGUAAAUGGCACCUUCUUCCUCUCAUCAUUUAUGUUUAAUAAUGCAAUUAAAUUGGCGAUUUGUAUCAAUUUCCAUUUGAAGUUAGAUUAUAACUAUUUGCAAGCUUA